AUGUUACUCCUUAAAACAACCGCAACCCUUCUUCCCAAACCUUGUUCCACCAUCACCACCCUUGAUUCUCUACAAUGUGGAACUUUACUCCAAUCACUCACCAACUCCAAAUCCUUAACUCAAGCCCUACAACUCCACGCUAACGUCACCACCGGCGGCACCCUCAGCCGCAACACCUACCUCGCCACUAAACUCGCUGCGUGCUACGCCGCAUGCGGCCACAUGCCCUACGCUCAACACAUCUUCCACCAAAUCGUGCUAAAGAACUCAUUCCUCUGGAAUUCCAUGAUCAGGGGCUACGCCUGCAACAACUCUCCAUCCAAAGCCCUUGUUUUAUACCGCGAAAUGCUGCAUUUUGGACAUAAGCCCGAUAAUUUCACCUACCCUUUUGUCCUCAAGGCAUGUGGGGACCUUUUGCUUCGGGAAAUUGGUGGAAAGGUUCAUGCUUUGGUGGUGGUCGGUGGGUUGGAAGAGGAUGUUUAUGUGGGCAACUCGAUACUCUCGAUGUACUUCAAGUUUGGUGACGUGGCAGCUGCGCGGGUGAUGUUUGAUAAAAUGCCUGUGAGGGACUUGACUUCUUGGAACACUAUGAUGUCGGGGUUUGUGAAAAAUGGGGAGGCAAGGGGUGCUUUUGAGGUUUUUGGGGAUAUGAGAAGGGAUGGUUUUGUGGGAGAUGGGAUCACCUUGCUUGCACUUUUAUCUGCCUGUGGGGAUGUUAUGGAUUUGAAGGCGGGGAGAGAAAUUCAUGGUUAUGUUGUUAGGAAUGGUGGGAAUAGGAGACUGUGUAAUGGGUUUUUGAUGAAUUCAAUUAUUUGCAUGUACUGCAAUUGUGAGUCUAUGUCCUUUGCAAGGAAUUUGUUUGAAGGGUUGAGAGUGAAGGAUGUUGUGUCGUGGAAUUCUUUGAUUUCAGGGUAUGAGAAGUGCGGGGAUGCUUUUCUAGUUCUUGAGCUUUUCGGUCGAAUGGUUGUAGUUGGUGCAGUGCCUGAUGAGGUGACUGUGACUUCUGUGCUUGGGGCUUGUAAUCAAAUCUCGGCAUUGCGAUUGGGUGCCAGUGUGCAGUCAUAUGUUGUUAAGAGGGGUUAUGGAGUGAAUGUUGCUGUGGGAACGGUGCUUAGUGUUUGA